ACUGGAGGGCGCGCUCUGCGCAUGCGUGCAGCCAUCUCCCGGCUCGGGGAGCCCUUCGCGCCAUUCGGAAGAGUCGGCCGGGUCACGUGUGGCGGGUCCGGAGGAGGAGGAGGGGGGUCACCGGCCGACUGAGAUACCGAGCUUACCUCAGAGAGGAAGAGCCAGAGAGAGAAGCAGGGGGGUGGGGUGAACCGGGACUGAGACUCCGCCCCACACCGCCCGGGACACCGAGGGGGAGCCGCUGUCACCAUGAAGGGGUAAUGACUCUGACAUCAUUUAUGAAGCAGAUAAUCUGACAUUCACCAUACUGUCUGUCUGUGCCUCAUGUGAGCCACAUGUCAGUGAUGGAUUCCCCAACAGAGAAUAUUCAGUGGAAAAAGUCACAUUCACAGAGAGAGAGUAGCCGGAUCGAGCUGGGGGAUGUGACUCCACACAACAUAAAACAGUUGAAGAGGCUGAACCAGGUCAUCUUCCCAGUCAGCUACAAUGACAAAUUCUACAAGGACGUCUUGGAAGUCGGGGAGCUUGCAAAACUCGCUUAUUUCAACGACAUUGCAGUGGGAGCGGUAUGCUGUCGGGUGGAUCACUCCCAGAAUCAGAAGAGACUGUACAUCAUGACCCUGGGGUGCUUGGCACCGUACAGAAGGCUAGGAAUAGGCACAAAGAUGCUAAAUCACGUCUUAAACAUUUGUGAAAAAGAUGGCACCUUCGACAACAUUUAUCUACAUGUCCAGAUCAGUAACGAGUCGGCCAUAGAUUUCUACAGGAAAUUUGGCUUUGAAAUCAUCGAAACAAAGAAGAACUAUUACAAGAGGAUAGAGCCGGCCGACGCACACGUCCUGCAGAAAAACCUCAAAAUCUCCUCCACCGCCUCGCAGAACGCAGACGUGCAAAAAAGCGAAAAUUAAAAAAAAGCGAAAUUACGAACCCUUUUUUUUUUUUCUUGCACUUGCUUGUCGCCAAAUAUGGAAAGAGACCCGUUUUUUGAGUUUUUACUCCAACCGUUCACUUCUAAUAUCUCUUCUUCCUCUCCACUUGAAAGAAAAAAAAUUUAAAAUUUAAAAGGUUUAAAAAAAAAAAAAGUUGAAUGCUUCAUCGGAGAGCUGUACAAUCUUAUCACAUAUUAUUAUAUAUUGUUUGGUUGAACUCUUAACGUGUUUUUCAUGGAGACUCGCAGGGAGUGACGGAUGUUCUUUCUGGCUUUUUUCGACUUCUUUGCCCCCGUUUUUGUUUGGGAGAGUGCGUGGUUCUAUCAGUCUGGAAUAGUCUUUAAAUAAAAUCUAAUUUCUUUUUAGCAUUC